AUGGUUGCCAUCUCUGUCUAUGAGAAGGCAGAGGAGAUAUGUGCUUACUACAGCAAAACUUAUGGACUAAAAUUGUAUCUAAAGAGUCUCAUCUUGGUUACAGGAUGUCAUUACAAAACGGCCGAGUUCGUCGUAGGCAAUGGUUACGACGGCGACACUACUUGUUCCCAUGAAAGAUUUGGAACGGCUACAUUGUUGGUAAAGAAAUGCCCAGCAAUACAUUAA